AUGGAAGCCAUCCACCUUGCCUAUGUGCUCGUCUUCCUCUUGCCCGUCGUCUUCCUCCUCCGUCUCCGGCGCCGCGGGCCUCCUCCAGCCAAGUGGCCAGCAACAACGACGGCCCACUGCCCGCACCCCAACCCGGUCCUGGGCAACACCCUCGACUUCAUCCGCAACCGCCACCGCUUCUUCGACUGGUACACGGACCUGCUCCGCGCCGCGCCGUCGGGGGCCGCCAUCGAGGCGUGGGGGCCCCUGGGCGCGGGCCACGCCGUCACCACCGCGAGCCCGGCCGACGUCGACCACCUCCUGCGCGCCGGCUUCGAUGGCCUCCAGCGGAAGCUGGCGUCGCACGCCUUCUCGUCCCGCUCGCUCCGCCGGUUCACUGACGGCGUCCUCGACGUGCACCUGCGCCGCCGCUUCCUGCCGCUCCUGGACGACGCCGCCUCGAGGGACGGCGGGGCCAUCGACCUGCAGGACGCGCUGCGCCGGUUCGGGUUCCGCACCAUCUGCCACGUCGCGUUCGGCGUAGAGAGCGUGGACGGCGGCGAUGACGACCCCGCGACGCAGGAGGCGCUCUUCGCGGCGUUUGACAUGGCCGUUGCGAUCUCCUUCCGGCGCGCACUCACGCCGGCCACGUUCGUGCGGCGGCUCACCAAGCUCCUCGACAUUGGCAAGUCGCGCCGGCUCCAGGAGGCCGUCCAUGUCAUCGACGCCUACGCCAUGUCCGUCGUCGAAUCGAAGGCGGCGGCGUGUCACAGGAACGGUGUCGACGACGGGAGCGUGGACUUGCUGUCGCGGUUCAUGGCGGCCAUGGACGACGACGGCGGCAGCGGCGGAAGCGAGCUCGGCGCCAUGUUCCCCACGCCAGCGGCCAAGCUCCGGUUCUUGCGGGACGUGGUCGUCGCCUUCGUGCUCGUCGGGAAGGACACGACGUCGUCGGCGCUGACCUGGUUCUUCUGGCUGCUCGUCGCGAACCCGCGGGGGAUGCACUACCUGCACGCCGCCAUCACCGAGGCGAUGCGGCUGUACCCGCCGGUGCCGUUCAACGGCCGGGUCGCGGUGCGCGACGACGUGCUGCCGAGCGGCGCGGCGCUGCGAGCGGGCUGGUACGCCAACUACUCGGCGUACGCGAUGGGGCGGAUGGAGAAGCUGUGGGGCGAGGACUGCUUGGAGUUCGUGCCGGAGCGGUGGCUCGGCGAGCGCGGCGAGUUCGUGCCGGUCGACGCCGCGCGGUACCCGGUGUUCCACGCUGGGCCGCGGGUGUGCCUCGGCAAGGAGAUGGCGUACGUGCAGAUGAAGACGGUCGCCGCGGCCGUACUCCGGAGGUUUAGGGUCGACGUGGUGGCGCCGGUGGCUAGCAUGGAGGCGCCGCCGGCGUACGAGAUGACGGCGACGAUGAAGAUGAAAGGAGGGCUGUUGGUGCGGCUCAGGAGGCGGGAAGAAUAG